AUGGUAACUUAUACGAGAUUAUUAAACAUUAAAACGAUAUUAUUGGCUGAUCAAUCUGACAUCACACCUACUGAUGGACUGAGUGAGCUACCUGCUGAAGAACUCACCGACGGACUCGCUAAAGGACUCGCUGACGGACUUCCAGAAGGACUUGUUGACGGACUCGCUGAAGGACUUGCUGACAGACCAUUCUUACAACCUAGUAACUCCAACCAUCAACUGAUUGCGGGCUUGAAAUACAAACGUCAAUAUGGAUAUUUUAUGAAGAACCAUCGAGCCACCUAUAGUCAUUACAAAGAUGGAUCAAGCGAUGCUCGUGUAGAAGCUUCUAAGAGUCUAAAGACACGCUCCUUAUCCUUUAAAGAAGAAAUAUUCUCCAUUGAAGACACUUACCAUAACCGGACCCGAGGGAAUCACACCAUGAUUCCGGCCACAAGCAUUGAAGCUGCGAAUAUUCUCAAGACAUCUAAGCCUCCUUUUCAACUAGAAGACUCAAGCCACGAGAUUAUAUCUCCUUCUCCAAGACACAUCCCACUUCUUUCCAUAUCCGGCACCAACGCAUCACCACCACUUAUUCCCAACGGCUAGAAGAUCACAUCCUCUCCAAGUUAUCAUUUAUUUCGAAUAUUGUUUCCUUAUUUUCAUUUCUUGACCGUUGGAGGUCUCUUUGUUUCGAGCCUAUAUAAGCUCUUCUUCUUUUGUCUCUUAAAACACACAAUUUUCAAGUAAUAAAAAG